CUGUCUUUGAUGCGGGCUGGUGAGACCGGUUUGCGUUUGAUCGAGGAACCGGUUUGUCCAGCCUCCUAUGCCAACAAAUUCAGGUAUGAUCCAAGGUCCCAGGGAAUGUAAAAACCUGCCCAGCCAGUUAGAUGAAAGGCAUAUUAGGUUAUCCGUUGCACAUUAUAUAGACGCUAGCAAGGGAGCAGAGCUGCCUAGUCAAGGAGGUGUUCUGUUCCAGCUGCCUCUCUGAUGGCCAAAGGAGCUGUCUCCUUAAGUGGACAGAGAAUCUUUUAGCUUGAGAGGAAGCGAACGCUUGAAGAUUUCUGUGCAGUCCAGGGAUGCUUAUGUGAGAUGGCCUAGCUCUCAGCCUCCGGGUCAGCGGUGCUGGGCUGGGCUGCUCGCAGGGGAGCUGGCGAGUUCCUGGCUGGUCAUGUGAGAGCAGCGGAGAUCCGGACAGCCGGAGAAGAUGAACAACGCUGCCGGUGGGAGCCCGGGCUCGGGCCUGUCCUCCGAGUCUUCCUCCGACACCUUCAGUGAGCUGCUGGUCAGAAUGAAAGACUGCCACGACAGCGAAGUCCAAGGACUGCAAAUUAAAAUAAGCAAGCUGAAGAAGGAAAGAUGUUUAGAUGCCCAAAGACUGGAAGAGUUCUAUACCAAGAACCAGCAGCUCAGGGAGCAGCAGAAAGCACUCCAGGACAAUGUGAAAGUGUUGGAGGACAGACUGAGAGCGGGAUUGUGUGACAGAUGUGCUGUAACCGAAGAGCACAUGAAAAAGAAGCAGGUGGAAUUUGAAAAUGUCCGGCAGCAGAAUCUCAGACUAAUCACUGAGCUUAUGAAUGAAAGAAACAGUCUCCAAGAUGAAAACAAGAAGCUUUGUCAACAGCUGGAUCAGCUGAAGAAGACCGCGGAGAAGAUGCUGCAGGCCACCGAGUCGGACCAGGAGGAGGGGGUUAUCCCAGACUCGCCGGUCCCGCAGGUCUCGCAGUCCGUGGUGAACAGAAUGAGGAGGAAGAGGGACAACAGGAGCUGUCGGUUCUCGGAGAAACCCUCCGAAGCCCAUAAGUCACCACCACCUGAUGAGCACAAGCAAUGCACGUCUGAACUAACUUUGCAUGGUAAAGGUGUUUUGGUUCCAGAAACGUGCUCACUGGAGGAAGCACCAAUUUCAAAAAGCCGAGGAAGUUUUCCUGCUGAAGAUCCCAGCGGGAAGUUAGCUGGUGUUGUUGCUGAAACACUUGGAACAGGAUUUCCCGAGGAGUCAGAAUCCCUCUGUGUUUUGGGGCCCUCUGUCAAAAGCAGUUCGGUGGCUGCUGAGAAACAAGAACACGCCUCUAGAAAACUUCAGUCUAAUGAAGCUGUCCAAGCGAAGGACAGUCAUCUGGGAUAUGCGCAUCCAUCUCCAGAUUCCGCACAAAACAGAGACUGGCUUCUGCGCCAGAGGAGCUCUCCAGUGUUUGGCAGCUCUGGGAGACUCGUUAAAAAACCUGACCUUGCGGACGAAAGAUCCCCUUCUCUCUUGGGACAGCACGUGAAAGCCCCCCCCCUUGCGAGUCGACUGAAGGCGCUGAGCGAAGACAUCCCUCGCAUCGCACCUCUUAAAACUGGCCUUUCCACUGGCCUCUCUUUACAACACAGGGAAGAGCCUGGAGAAGCCGGAGGUGAUAGACCAGUGUGUGUCAAUGGCAAAGCAAGGGUUGCCAGCCCCUGUUCAGCGCUGGUAGAAAGCAGUCAGGACGUGGCCGCUUCAAAGCUGGAAAGCGGAGUGAAGAGGAGAAGUGAGGCAGGCAGUGCCUCCGACAGAAACAACAGCGCUGUCAGCAGCCGGGAGAAUGUCGCAGACGACCCAACAGACAAGCCUCUCGACCUGUCCGAUAGGCCACACAAUGACCGAUCACAGGGCCGGGAAAGGAAACCUACUCCCAAAGACAGGUUAAAACAGACCACUUUGUUUGACUUGCAGCAAGCAUCCCAGAAUUCCCUGCUGAAGCUGUACAAUGGAAGGUCUGUCCCUUCUAAAGACUCCCGGGAGGACCCUUAUCUACAAGAAGCCAUAAGGAGAUCAAUCAGUAACAAAGACCAAGACAGGAGGCCAGAGAAAAAAAUCAACCCACACGUUUUCCGGAUACCGGCAACUCCUCCUGGGAACAAGAUGGACACAGAGCAGCUGCUUGAUAUCAAGACCCCCGAUGCCCAGGAGCCGAUCAGAAAGAAGAGCAGAGUAGCCAGUAAAGACUGCGAGCAGACCUCCGUGCUGCAGCCCAACCCGUGUGCUGUCACAAAGAGGAGUCCCUCGGAGAGAGACGAUGGCAAACCCCCUGCCACAGACAUGACGUGGAGCCUGGAUCCUGGAGCAGACCUCUCCCAGUACAAGACCGACAGCUGCUUAAACCCAGAGGCCGGGGAUCAGGGGGCUGACGGAGACAGCGUGGACGCAGACUGCACUUUCGUCAGCAGCAGCGUGCUCCUGAGGGGGCUGAAACAAGACGAGGAUGAGAGCGCCCGUUCUGCGGGUGGUGGACAGCGAGGAAAUGACAGCCUCGCAGAAAUCUUUGACCGGACAGUCUAUGGGGAGUACGAGUCCUGUCCAAGGGGCGACAGUCUGCAGCAUGAAGGGGACCUCGAGGAAGGGGAGAAGUCUAUCAACACAUCUGACGAAAAAAACAAUAUCCAGAGCCACACUUUUGUAGAACCUUGUUUAAUAACCAAAGGAAGAGCGAACACCACCCUGAACUUUCCUCAUGUGGACGUGGUGCGCAGGAGAGAGGAGAGGAAGAAACUGCAAGGACACACGUGUAAGGAGUGUGAAAUUUAUUACGCAGAUCUGCCGGAAGAGGAGCGCAAGAAGAAGCUGUCGUCCUGCUCCAGGCACAGGUUCAGAUACAUCCCUCCAAGCACUCCGGAGAACUUCUGGGAGGUGGGCUUUCCCUCCACACAGACCUGUGUGGACAGAGGGUACAUCAAAGAUGAUAUCGAACCACCCCAGCGUACGAGGAGGCGCCGACCUUAUAACGCAAUAUUUUCACCUAAAGGCAAAGAACAAAAGACAUAAAACCUGAUUCUAAGGCUGCACAAGGAGAACAAGUAAAGGCCAGAUUUUUUUAGGUGUAAAACAUGAUUAUUGGGGAAAAAGGAGUGAAAAAAAAACUAAAGGUGCAGGAAAAAUUGCAAUUGCAGUCUAAAUCUCAAGUUACUUCAGAAUCGGAAAUGCUGCAAAGACUAAACUUUGGCACUCGUAUCGCAACUUUUCCCUAAGCUGGAAAGGCUACAAACCGAACAGAAGCUUGUAAGAAAUGCCAUCACUGACUAAACGUCAAGCUAAGCAUAUGCUCAAUGGCGGUGAACUUGGAGAAGCUUAUUCAAAUGUCUUUUAACAACAUACAUUUUAGCUGCAUCACAGUGCUCAUAGGAACUUCAUGAUUGUGAAGUAGCAACUGUAAUGUCUGUCAUUAUAAGGAGUGUACAGUGCUUUGUCUUUUUGUUUUCAGUCCUUUACUGUACACAUCUUCACUCAGACAUAUGGUACAAUGAGUCUCUUGUCUGUAACGUGGAAAUAGUGUUUAGCAUCGCUCUGAAUUCUUUGUGUAAUACAGAAAGGGCUUACAAUUUGUACAAAAACUUAGUUAUCAAGCUCUGUUUUGUAUCGCGUUUUGUAUUAAACAAAUGCCAGAAAGCAUUUUAGACUUCAGAGGGCAGUGGCUGCUUGUGCAGGGACUGAGAUGAUGGGUCACUCAGAUUCCCCUCUCUAGAUUGCCUGUUCCUGCAGGAUGCCAGACACUAUGGUUUUGCUCACUUAAGUUUAAUUUAGGCCUCCAGAGGUGACAGUCUCAUGGGUGUAGUACACAAACAUAUUUAUUUUAGAAGGUUUCUUCCUUUAUUUUUAUCAUUUGUUUUCUAGAGGCAGGCUUUUCAGCUGUAUCUGCUGUUUCUCCUUCUAGCUGAGCUCUGUUACUUAACCAGCACCUUCAAACCUCACAGUAACACUCUGAACCAGGCUUCAGGUUGUUAUCUGUGGAUAAUAAUCAAGUCUGGUUUCAAGGCUCCUGUUUAAGAGCUGUGAACUGGGGUGUAUUGGAAACCAGCACCAAGGGGACAUUCAGGACAAGGGAGUUAGAGGCCCUGACUUGAACCAUAUGCUGACCAUUUAAAAUUAAGUAAGGCUUAAGGCUGUAAGGAAAAAUAUCUAUUUUUGCAGAAGUCCUGGUCAGUUAUUUUUUU